AUGCGAAUCGCCGUUGGAGUCGCUGAUGCCGAUAAAUCUGAGCUGAUGGACUUUGCUCAAGAUGCCGAGCAUCUUCUUCAUUAUGACGACUUCGGACAGCUGAUGGAAGCCGGUCAAGAGAUCGUUGACCUCAUUCAAGCGGGAUGCAAAGCUGACACGAGCACAAGAUCGCAAGCGCUAUCUUCUAGCCGCCAACUAGAAGAUUUUGAAUCCGACCCCUUCGUUGACCCCUUCGUAAGCUCCGACCCCUUUGAAAUGAACCUGGACUUCGACCCAUUUGGUCCUGACAACUUUUUGGACUGGGAGUACUACUCAAAAUUCCAAGACAACCGGCAUCGUGCAUAA